AUGUCGCUCGAAGAACGUGACAGCGGCCACGAGAACCCGGCCUUAGAGCUGGCGGAAUGUGAGGGAAAUCCGGAGACGACCGUGAUCCAGGAAGAAAAACAUGCGCAACACGCUCCUUUCCAGAAGUGGAAGAAGGCAGCUGAGCCGUUUUCCAAAACAAGGCGGUUUUACAAGAGCCAUGCCAGCGUACUCCACAAGAUCUUCUUGGGCGUCUUGGGUGCAGCUUACCUGGCCUACUUCAUCGCAGCCUGCGUGCUGGACUUCCAGCGAGCCUUGGCUUUGGUCGUUUUAACAUGCCUGGCGGUCUUCCUCGGGCUCUACACCCUGGUAAAAAAGCUGUGCGGGGCAACUAUUGCCCGUGCGCUAAGCCCUGUUGGAAAAUGCUUCCAGAAAUCCUGGUUUUGGCUGAAAUGGGUGCUGUGCGUCGUCAUUUUGAUCGGUCUGAUCACGUGGCUGGUCCUUGACAUUUCCCAGAGGCGGGAGCAGCUGGUCUCCUUGGCGGGUUUCUGCACCUUGGCUCUGAUGCUCUUCGUCUGCUCGAAGCACCACAGGGCUGUAUCUUGGAGGGCUGUCUUCUGGGGGCUCGGCCUGCAGUUCCUCCUUGGGGUCUUCAUCGUCCGGACCGAUCCUGGAUUUCAGGCUUUCCAGUGGCUUGGAGAACAGGUCCAGAUUUUCCUGAACUACACCACGGCCGGUUCCCGAUUUGUCUUCGGAGACCAACUGAUCCAAAACGUGUUCGCCUUUCAGGCUUUACCCAUCAUCGUCUUCUUCAGCUCGGUGAUGUCCGUCCUCUACUACCUGGGAGUCAUGCAGUGGAUAAUCCUGAAGCUGUCUUGGAUCCUGCAAAUCACCAUGGGUACAGCAGCCACAGAGUCGCUGAGCGUGGUGGGGAAUGUAUUUGUUGGGAUGACGGAGGCACCGCUGCUGAUCCGCCCCUACCUGUUGGACAUGACCAAGUCGGAAGUUCACGCUGUGAUGACCGGGGGUUUUGCCACUAUCGCUGGCAGUGUGUUGGGAGCCUACAUUUCAUUUGGGAUUGACGCCUCGUCCUUGAUUGCGGCAUCAGUGAUGGCUGCACCCUGUGCUUUGGCAAUGGCUAAACUCAUCUACCCCGAAGUGGAAGAGUCCAAGUUCCGCAGCCGGGAGGGUGUGAAAAUUGCCUGUGGAGAAGAGCAGAAUAUUCUGGAAGCCAUCAGCAACGGUGCUGCCGUUUCCGUGGGCCUGGUGGCGAACAUUGCUGUCAAUCUCAUUGCCUUCCUGGCCGUGCUGGAGUUCAUCAACGCCACGCUCGCUUGGCUGGGGAACCUGGUCAACAUCACAGGACUCUCCUUCCAGUUGAUCUGCUCCUACGUGCUGAUGCCCCUGGCAUUCUUGUUAGGGGCCAGCUGGGAGGAUGCAGGCCUCGUGGCCGAAAUGCUGGGAGUCAAGUUCUUCUUGAACGAGUUCGUGGCCUACCAGCAGCUGUCGACGUACAAACAGCGACGGAUGGACGGACGUCCCGAGUGGGACGGGGCGAACAAGCAGUGGAUCUCCGUGAGAGCUGAAACCAUCACCACCUUCGCCCUGUGCGGAUUUGCCAACCUGAGCUCCAUUGGGAUCAUGCUGGGCGGAUUGUCAUCCCUGGCACCGCAGCGCAAGAGUGAGUUUUCUAGCAUCGUUGUAAGGGCUCUGCUCACCGGAGCCUGCGUCUCCCUGAUGAACGCGUGCAUUGCAGGUAUCCUGUAUGUACCCAGAGGAGAAGUGACCGAUUGCUUGAGUUUCUUCAAUGCAACAGACCUCAGCUCUACCAGCUAUCCUGUCUACGUUUGCUGCACAGACCUCUUCGGCAGCACAACGGGCAUGAAUGGGCCUUUCACUGGUGCAUGGGGACACCAAGAUAUCCUCAUUACAAGGAUGUAUCUCCAACAGUGCUGCAGUCACUACAACGUCACGGUCUGCACCAAGCCCUAA